CGGACGCGUUCUGGAUCACUGAAUCAGCCUCGCAGCAUAGUUUGGUCAAAUUGUCGCGGUACCCCUGGUUAGUGCCAGUCAGCUUCCUUCCAAGUUUUUCACACGAGUUCUAACACUCUCUCCCCCUCCCCCCACACCUCCCACCAACUUAAGAAAAGUCGUCUCGCAUCACCAACUACGACGGGGGAUGAGUGAGUGAGGCUGAAGGUGUUUGUGUGUGUAUGUGUAGGUACUAACUAACUAGUUGGUGUUCUUGGUUCGUUGCUACCCAUAUAUGACGUACAUCAGCAACAUGGGUUGGUGAAAAGGUGGCGAGGCUUUUCUGUAGGUCAUGGAUUUUGAAGUCGACCAAGCAUACGUAGACAGGGUGACGACGAGUACCUGUGCUCGGAAGAAAUCUAAGAGGUGAAAUUUUUCGCUUUUCACGUCCGUCUUUCCGAGGGAUCGAGCAAUCGAGCCGGUUGAAGUUGUGAAAAUUGACGGAAUCGUGACGACGGCGGGGGACCGGUUCACUGAAGCUCAAAAGAAAGUGUGCUAACGAUUUCGGUUUACGGUUGACUUGCGGGUUGACGAGCUUUUUUUUCCAUCUGACCCAACCCGUGACGGGGCAACGACAGGGGGUUCACCGCAAUAAUAAAGUACGUUGAAAUCGACGGGCGGAAAAUGAAUGUGAAUGUUUAAUGAGCCGCGAGAUUUGGAAUAAUUCUGUCGAGCCAAGAAAAUAUCACAUCAAUUGUGGGCUUGUCGGUGAAAUUGUGUGCAAAAAAAUAAAACGGUUUUCGGCGCGGAGGUUAAUCGUUGGUUAAAUUAUAAGUUCAAUCAAUGUGAGCUUCGGUCGAAGAGAGUGAGCGGGUGAGUGAUUGUGACGCACAGGGAAGAACGACGUAAGGGCAAAUCAUUAAAUUUGCAUCCUUCAGUAAGCCAGCAUCGGCAUCAUCAAUCAUCCGGUUUCCCCGGUUAAACGUCUGCAAGAGUGAAGAAAGCACAGCGCUAAAGGUGGUGCAUACCAGAAGGUUCAGGAAUCAAUUUCCUCGAUUUCUUUGAGAGGGAGAGUUUUUUUUUUGAGUGGCAGUGAGAAGCAGCAGUAGAAGACGAGGGGAAGAGGCAAGUCGUGAUGAUCCGCCAAAAGCAUAUUCCCCCGCUGGGAGCCCGAGUUCCCCGCAGUGUGGUGUGCUAUUGAUCUUGAAGAAGCGAAGAAAUUGCCAAGUGUGAUGAUGCUGAUUGGAGCUGGUGUGCCUUUCUAGGAACGAAGAGAAAUUGCCAGCAAGUCAUCGUGCUGGAUAACUGGUACGAAAAAAAAAGUGAGCUGUGCACCUGAUGGUGGGUUGACUGAAACAACGACGGCGGAAGUCCUGUUAGGCCUGGAGGCAGAGUUGGAGCAGAAGGAAUCUUGCCACCGACCGGGACGAGAAUAACGAGCGGACCGACAAUCUGAAUCCCAUCGACAGCAUAAGUCUCGAAGCUCGUCUAACCGAAAUUGCGGUCCCUAACCAGCAAUGAAAACCGAAUGGUCCUCUCAUCAGCGGGGCCCGAAUCACCAGAAGCACCGAGGAAAAAAUCCUUCACAACCUAUUCCCAUCAAUCGUAGCAGCAGCACCAUCCGGAUCGACACCUGCUUCGCUCGAUGAGAACGCAACCUCCUUUUGCAGCAUCGAAACGGACACCGAAAACGGACGACGAAUGCUUUCGGAGAGCGAGAAUCACAAAAAUGUCCUACUUCACCAACAAUGACCAUUAAUCGCACCGGUAAUGAUGUUCUGCGACAUCUUGCUUUGCGUCGUCCGGUAGAAUCCGUCAUCCAACAACAGCAGCAAAAACUAGAACAGGUGUUGACAUCCUCCAGUUCCCGCAGGGUUAAAACGUUCAACUGCUACGGAACUUUUCGAACCGUGUUUCUUCUGUUUGCCGUAGUUUUCCCGCGAUUCGGCCUAACGUUUGCUGCGAAAAAUGAAAAGGAGAGCUUUGUUAAAACAACCGAUGUCGAAGCAAUCGAAGACCACCAAGCAAUAUUAUACUGUCCACUUCUAGCGAGCAAUCGCGAUAAAAUCAACAUGGUACUGUGGUUCCGAGACAACGCCGGCAUCCCGCUGUACAGCCUCGACGUCCGGGGAAAGUCACUGGACGACGCUCAACACUGGUCGGCACCGCAAGUUUUCGGAUCCCGAGCCCGUUACGUCAUCGAAAGUGAUCCAGCAUAUUUGGAAUUGAAUGAAAUUAAACGUCAUGAUCAAGGGAUUUACCGGUGCCGGGUCGAUUUCCAAAACAGCCAAACCCAGAGCUUUCGCUUCAAUCUCACCGUCAUUAUUCCACCCGAGCCACCGGUGAUCCUAGAUCGAUGGGGACGCGUCAUAAAUAGUACAACAAUCGGACCAAAGGAGGAAGGAGAUGAUUUACUACUCACUUGCCGAGUGGUUGGAGGACGGCCACAGCCCGACGUGCUUUGGUUUAUCAACGAUAAUCUGGUAGAUAAUCAGAUCGAGCAAAACACCGGCAACGUCAUCGAGAACCGGCUUCUGUGGCAGUCUGUGCAACGUCAUCAUCUGCACUCGGUGUUCACCUGCAAGGCCACCAACACGAAACUGGUGCCCCCUCUGUACAGCAAGAUCGAGCUAGAUAUGUACCUAAAACCCCUCUCGGUGAAAAUCCUCAACUCGACACUGUCUCUAGCCUCGCAGAAGGAAUAUAAGAUCGUUUGUCUAUCGACCGGUUCCCGCCCGGAUGCCAACAUCACGUGGACGAAGGGCAGCAAACUGCUCAGACGGCACACGCAGCAAGUCCUCCGAAACAUGACCAUCUCGGUGCUGAUCCUGACUCCCACGGUCGAAGACGACGGCCGGCUGCUCGGAUGCCGAGCAAAGAAUCCCAACGUUUCCGGUCUCUAUCUGGAGCAGUUCCAGAAUAUUAGUGUACAUUAUCCUCCCCAAGUAGCCCUCGAACUAGGCUCCACUCUAUCCAUCGAUGACAUCAAAGAGGGCGAUGACAUCUACUUUGAAUGCAAGAUACGAUCGAAUCCAGCGUGGCGGCGGCUUGCUUGGUUACACAAUGGAGUACAACUACCUCAGAACUCAUCGACGAUGAAAAUCGUACGCACAGGCCAGAGUCUGGUGAUACAGAAGGUGAGCAGGAGCUCGAGUGGGUUGUACAGGUGCGGGGCGCUCAACACCGAAGGCGAGACCCUGAGCCCCGAGAUUCAGCUGAAAAUCAAGUACGUUCCCAUCUGCACCUCGGACAAGAUCAUCAGCCUGGGCGUAUCGGUCGGCGAGACGGUGAUAGUUAGUUGUAACAUAGUGGCCCACCCGAAUGCAUCCCGCUUCAACUGGCGGUUCGAAAACUCCGAAGAAGUGAUCGAAAUCGACCCGGCCCGGUUCACGAACAACGGCAGCAGCAGUCAUCUGCAGUACACUCCCGAGUCGGAACGCGACUACGGAACGCUUUCGUGCUGGGGUACGAAUGAAAUCGGCACGAUGGCAGAACCGUGCGUCUUUCAGCUGAUAACCGCUGGCCUGCCGACGCCGGUGAUCAACUGCGACUGGUCCAACAGCAGUGCCAAAGUGGACGUCAACUGCCACCCCGGAUACGAUGGGGGACUCCGGCAGAAAUUUGUGCUGGAAGUGAUGUCCAACCGCAAUCCUGGGUUUGGCUUCAACCUGACCAACUCGGAGGAACCCACCUUCUCCGUGACGUUCACAUCACUGAGGGAACAGCUGCCAAAUGUGCACCAGCCGGAUUCGCUCAAACUGUUCGCCUACGCAGUCAACCAGAAGGGACGCAGCCCGGGAGUGUUCAUCACCGAUCUGUUCAUACCGGCCGUCGAGGAGCAGGAACAGACCGAUGGCAAGAAGUCCACACUGCUGACACCGAUCCUGAUCGGACUGCUCCUGACCAUCGUGCUCAUCAUAGUCGUUAUAGUUGUAAGAAUUUAUCUGAAAUCGAAAAGACUUAAGCAAACUAUUGAUAAGGAGAAACGCUACACGGAGGAAUCCAAGAACACGCUGCUGUUGAUGGAUCAACCGAAGAAGGAGAAAUCUCAAAAGGCUUCCAAGUGGAAAAAUAGCAUGGGUAAUAGCAUAAAAACUAGGAAUAAGAUCGAAACUAUCGAUGACGAGCAGGAUCCCGACCUAAUACCGUACCCCCGUCUCACCGACAUCCAGCAGGAGGAGCUGAUCCCGAUGAAUUCGGACGUUUCGUUCAAACCGAAAACGGUCCGGCUGCCGCCACCGGUGACAGUAAUGGCCACGUCUUCGUCGACGGCAACGACCACCAUUGUGAGCUUCAAGGACGAAGACAUCUCCGAGGCGGAAAUAAACCUGAAAGGAAUUGAGGACUUUCUGAUGACAAACCACGUACCGGAGAGCUGUGUGUGAUAUCGACAACCAGUAGUGCGAUCGAAAACCUACCAGACGACGACCACGCUGCAGAUGCAGAGCGAAGCAAUUCCCAACCAUAUUCCAUCAUCGAUGUUCCCAAAGUUUGCAGACAGCGCAGCCGAACGAACCGAGCGAUAGUUUUUUCUACAAUUGCCCCACAAUUUUUUUGUGUUUAGCCAGUAAGUUUUGAAUGUGCUUAAGUGCUGUGGACGUUACAAAUAAUACAAAGCAAAAUUUUAGGGUACGCAUCAACGUUUCUAUUCCUUUCGCCAAUGAAAGUGAAUGCGAACAGGAGUGUAAGAUAAAAUAAAGUAAGUUGAGUGGCAAACGAACGAAGAAUACAGACAAUGGAAACAAUAAUUUAAACGAAAUGCAAAACGUUAGAUACGUCAUCAAAGUGUGGAAGAGAAAACAAAUGCAAAACAAAACGAUACUAGCAAAAUUAGAUAAAGGUUAUAAAUAAAAAUCUGUAUUCAAUAUGGAAGUGUACCUAAAAGAUGUAUUAUUGUAAUAUUAUUGCUAUUGAAAGUAUUAUUGAAUGAAAACAAGG